AGCGCACUGGGUUGGAACAGAGUUGCUGAAAAACACCAGUCUACGGUCUCAAUGUUAAGGAUCAUGCAACAUACACCAGUUGUGUUUCUGCUUCUCUUGCACAUCCUUUGUGCUUAUCAAGGAAAAGGAGGUACCACAUCUCAUAAAUGGGAGGUCAAAUUCACCAGUCACCAUUUCUGUGCUGUGACUGGAUCAUCAGUGGUCAUGCCCUGCUCAUUCACCCAUCCUAUUGGUCUCAUGGUCACCAAGGUCUACUGGCGCUACAGACCUGACCAUAAUAAAAUAUUCACAUACAUCACGGAUAAGAAUCCUAAAUACAAAGGACGUAUACAAUACUUUUGGAACAAGAACAAGAACAAGACGAACUGCACAUUCAAAUUGAGCAAGUUGAUGAUGUCAGACAAUGGAGAGUAUUUUACACGGAUUGAAACAGAAGAUUCUAAAAAUAAGUGGCUGAGUAGAUCUAAGGUCAUUUUGUCUGUUAAAGAACUUUCUGUUGGGAUUCCUGAACCAGUGAUGGAGGACAACGACGUGACACUGAGUUGCAACAACAUAUGCUCUUCAAAAGACAUCCCCUCAGUAAUAUGGAAAAAGAACGGACAGGAUUUACAUGUCAAACAGAAACACCACAAUGCACUCAUCUUUCAGAGUGUCAGUACUGGGGAUGAGGGCAACUACUCUUGUUCACUGAAACACAAUGAAGACCAUCCAUCCAAACCAGUGGAGCUUAAUGUCAUGUUCCCUCCAAGGGUCCCGUCUGUCUCUGUCAGUCCUGCUAGUGAGACACUAGAGGGCGCUUCAGUGACUCUGACCUGCAACAGUGAAGCCAACCCACCAGUGGAGAACUACACCUGGUUUAACCGCAAUGGCUCAAUAGUUUCCAAGCUGGACACUGGAAAGUAUUACCACAUUGGGAAUGUCGGCUCUGAACACACUGGAGAUUACUACUGUGAGGCCAGGAGCCUAUACGGGGCCUCCAAUUCUACUGCUUUUCACCUGGAUGUUCACUAUGCUCCCAGAAAACUGUCAGCGUCUCCAAAUCACUCUGGUGAAAUAGCAGAGGGCAGUUCAGUGACUCUGACCUGCAGCAGUGAUGCCAACCCACCAGUGGAGAACUACACCUGGUACAGAAGGACCGCAGCUGAAACAGUGCGUGUGGGUACAGGAGAGAGAAUCAACUUCAAUCUGACCCCAGACAGAGCUGGACUAUAUCACUGUGAGGCCCACAACGGUGUAGGAUCCCUGAAUUCUACUGGAGUUGAAGUUAUUUGGUCUGGCUUCGGUUGGAAGACAACCACUCUCUUGUCAUCUUUAGGUUUUCUCAUAAUCCUCAUCAUGCUCAUAGGCUACGUGUUUUGGAGGAGGAAGAAAGCAACGCCAAGUAGCAACCCCAGCAGCUCUGAUAAUAACACACAACAUGUCCCACAGUGUGUCCCUGAUAAUGUGUAUGAAGACAUCUCAGGCCUCCCUCUGACCUCUGCUCCAGCCCAGAGAGUGGACUCAGGUGUCCAGGAUGAUGUCCAGUACGCCAGCGUUCAGAUCAAGAGCUCCAGAGGUCAGCAGGUGCCCCUUUACUCCACAGUCCAAAGGCCCAAACUCCACCCACAGCAGCAGGAGGAGCAGCAGCAGGAGGUGGAGUAUGCAGCAGUCAACUUCUCUAGACCCACUGCUGCCACCCAACCUGAACAAGAUCCUGUAAUCUAGACCGUGAUCAACAAAUCCAAACCCACUAAGCACACUGCAUGUGAUUUGGAUGUUUAGUUUAGUGAUCCAUAACUUGGUCGGUUGGUUUUACACUUGUAGAACUUUAAUGUAAAACAUAAUGAAAAUAAUUGCUUUUGAGGAUUUGGAGUUUGAGUGUUAGAUCAUGUUUAUGUUUUAUUUGUAUGUUCAGAUUUUGCUUUUAUAGUCUG